AUGGCCAGCAGCAGCUUCUCGACUUCCGUGUAUUUCAGCAGCAGCUGUGCAGAAACCUGCAGCGAAACUCUCCACGGUAAGCCGCGCAUCUGCUGCAUAUCACUGCAGCUUUCUGCAGCAGCAACACUUUCAGUUUAUUCACAAGAAGAGAGCCUCGAUUCCCGCGUUUCGGCUCGGCGGGCGCGGCCAGAAGUUGAAUUUGCUGCUGCUGCUGCUGCUGCUGCUGAAUCUGCUGCCAUCAGCUGCGGAAGCGGCUCCCCCAGCAGCAGCCCCGUGGCUUCUUCAACUCACGCCACAGCAGACGGGACUCUCUUGACCUUUUAUGAGCCCCCCAGCCCCAAAAGGCCGCGAAGAAUGCAUGCAGCGUCUGCUGCUGCUGCAGCGUUUCCUGCUGCAGCAGCGACUGCUGCUGCAGCAGAGCAGCGCCGCUGCAGAGAGCCCUCGCAGCUAAAGAGCCCAUUUGGCACUUCUUCGGGCCUCUUUUCCGAAGCAGAAGAUUCGUCUUCAUCAGCAGCAGCAGCAGCAGCAGCAGUUUGUCUUUACUUCGACAGCAGCACGCGGCUCUGGGGCGUCGGCACGCACGACGCCGACGGCAGCAUCCAGCUGGAGCUGGUGGAGGAUUCCGGCGCUGCUUUCUUGACUUCUGCUGCGCUGCAGCAGCUGCAGCGCAGCAGCAGCAGCAGCAGCUACUGCUGCGAAGGCUCCGCCCUUCUGCUGCAGGCGCAGCCGCAGCUGCUGCUGCUGCCCCACAAGGCCCGCGUCAGCCGUUUGCUGCUGCCGGGGGUUUACAUCAGCAGCAAAGCUGUGGAGGGCCUCGAGCUCUUGAGCAGCAGCAGCAGCAGCGGCCGCAGCAGCCUUUUCCAAAUGCUGCAGCCCUUCACCUCCACUGCAGCAGGCUCCAGGCUGCUGCUGCUGGUGUUCUUAGCUCUGCUGCUGCAGCUGCUGCGGGCGAACAUCCGGAGGCCGCUGGACAGCGAGGAGGAGAUUCAGCAACGGCUGGAUGCAGUGGAGCUCUUGAUGACGCAGCAGCACUCGUGCGCGCGGCUAAAAGCUGCGCUGCAGGGCUCGGCGGCCGCGAAGGCCGAGCAGCAAAUGGCCGACAGACUCAGCGCAGCCGCCAAACUCCACAAAGAACUCCUCACUUGUCUUUCAAUUCGUUCAAUUUUGUCGGAGUGA